AUGUCCAACAGUAGCUCCCUCACCCAGUUUCUCCUCCUGGCAUUCGCACACAGGCAGGAGCUGCAGCUCCUGCACUUCUGGCUCUUCCUGGGCAUCUCUCUGGCUGCCCUCCUGGCCAACGGCCUCAUCCUCAGCGCCAUAGCCUGCGACCACCACCUGCACACCCCCAUGGGCUUCUUCCUGCUCAACCUCUCCCUCACAGACCUGGGCUGCAUCUGCACCACUGUCCCCAAAGCCAUGCACAAUUCCCUCCAUAACACCACAACCAUCUCCUACAUGGGAUGUGCUGCACAGGCUUUUUUCUUUUUGUUCUUCAUGUCAGCAGAGUUUUCCCUCCUCACCAUCAUGUUCUAUGACCGCUACAUUGCCAUCUGCAAACCCCUGCACUACGGUACCCUCCUGGGCAGCAGAGCUUGUGCCCACAUGGCAGCAGCUGCCUGGGUCACUGGGUUUCUUUAUUCUCUGCUGCACACAGCCAAUACAUUUUCCCUGCCCCUGUGCCAGGGCAAUGCCCUGGGCCAGUUCUUCUGUGAAAUCCCACACAUCCUCAAGCUCUCCUGCUCAGGCACGUACCUGAGGGAAACUGGGCUUCUUGCUUUUAGUGCUUUUCCUUUUUUGGGAUGUUUCAUUUUCAUUGUGUUCUCCUAUGUGCAGAUCUUCAGGGCUGUGCUGAGGAUCCCCUCUGAGCAGGGGCGACACAAAGCCUUUUCCACCUGCCUCCCUCACCUGGCCAUGGUCUCCCUGUUUAUCAGCACCUCAUUCUUUGCCUAACUGAAGCCCCCCUCCCUCUCCUCCCCAUCCCUGGACAUGGUGUUUGCUAUUCUGUACUCACUGGUCCCUCCAGCACUGAACCCCCUCAUCUAUAGCCUCAGGAACCAGGAGUUCAAGGAUGCCCUGAGGAAACUGGUAACUGGGUGUUUUUUGCAAACACGGACAACCCGCUUCCUGUGCAGUGACUUCCAGGGUACAUCAUGA